GGAAAGCUUGCAGCAGAUUGUAGAAGGAUUUGAGUCUGCAGCCAGAGAGAAGGGGAUUAGGGCCAGAGCGGUGCAAGUUAAAUUGUGCUGCAUAUAAAAAAUGGGCGGAUUGGUCUCCAGAUCCAGAGGCUGGUACCACCUUCCUUUCUAAAAUAAAAUCUCUCUGGCAUGAAGUCACCGCCUAUUUCACAUCCGGUUUGCCCUGGGACGUAUUACUACUGUCUUGGUAAAGAGAAAUCUUUUGUUGUAUAGCUGCAGAUCGGAUACUGGGAAGCAAAUUUGGGUGUGAAAUCUUCAGCAAAGGAGCACACAGAGUCCAUGAUGGCUCAGACCGAGUGAGUGAGAGGCAGAGCGAGGACGCCCCUCCGCUCCCGGCGCGCCCGGACUCGCGGACUCGCGCUGGUUCCAGGCUCUCCGCGAUUUUCUCUCGCACACUUUUCCCGGGUCUUGAGCGAUCCUGUGCCCAGAGGGGGCCCGAGCUGCACAAGCCCGCAAUGAAGAAAAGUCCGGGUCUCUCUGAGUAUCUUUGGGCCUGGACCCUCCUUCUGAGCACAUUGACUGGAAGAAGCUAUGGACAACCCUCAUUACAAGAUGAACUUAAAGACAACACUACUGUCUUCACCAGAAUUUUGGACCGACUCCUAGAUGGUUAUGACAAUCGUCUGAGACCAGGAUUGGGAGAGCGUGUAACUGAAGUGAAGACUGACAUCUUCGUCACCAGUUUCGGACCUGUUUCAGACCAUGAUAUGGAAUAUACAAUAGAUGUAUUUUUCCGUCAAAGCUGGAAGGAUGAAAGAUUAAAAUUUAAAGGACCCAUGACAGUUCUCCGGUUAAAUAACCUAAUGGCAAGUAAGAUUUGGACUCCGGAUACCUUUUUUCACAAUGGAAAGAAGUCAGUGGCACACAACAUGACCAUGCCCAACAAACUCCUGAGGAUCACAGAGGAUGGCACCUUGUUAUACACCAUGAGGCUGACGGUGAGAGCUGAGUGUCCAAUGCAUUUGGAGGACUUCCCUAUGGAUGCACAUGCCUGCCCACUAAAAUUUGGAAGCUAUGCCUAUACCAGAGCAGAAGUUGUUUAUGAGUGGACCAGAGAGCCAGCACGCUCGGUGGUUGUAGCAGAAGAUGGGUCACGCCUAAACCAAUAUGAUCUUCUUGGGCAAACAGUAGACUCAGGAAUUGUUCAGUCUAGUACAGGAGAAUAUGUUGUUAUGACCACUCAUUUCCACCUGAAGAGAAAAAUUGGCUAUUUUGUUAUUCAAACGUACCUGCCAUGCAUAAUGACAGUUAUUCUAUCCCAAGUUUCAUUCUGGCUCAACAGAGAGUCUGUACCAGCGAGGACUGUCUUUGGAGUAACAACUGUACUCACCAUGACAACUUUGAGUAUCAGUGCCAGAAAUUCCCUCCCUAAGGUGGCUUACGCCACUGCUAUGGACUGGUUCAUUGCAGUGUGCUAUGCCUUUGUGUUCUCAGCUCUGAUCGAGUUUGCCACAGUCAAUUAUUUCACCAAGAGAGGUUAUGCAUGGGAUGGCAAAAGUGUGGUUCCAGAAAAGCCAAAGAAAGUGAAGGAUCCUCUCAUUAAGAAAAACAACACUUAUGCUCCAACAGCAACCAGUUACACCCCUAAUUUGGCCAGGGGUGACCCUGGCUUAGCCACCAUUGCUAAAAGUGCAACCAUAGAACCAAAAGAAGUCAAGCCGGAAACAAAACCACCAGAACCCAAGAAAACCUUUAACAGCGUCAGCAAAAUUGACCGACUGUCAAGAAUAGCUUUCCCGCUGCUAUUUGGAAUCUUUAACUUGGUCUAUUGGGCUACAUAUUUAAACAGAGAGCCUCAGCUCAAAGCCCCCACCCCACAUCAAUAGGUCCUUUCAUUCACAUUCUGUUGUUCAGUCCUCUACACUGGGAAUUGCUUUCUGUUCUUAACGCAGUGAUUCCCACCUGCUUUAUUGCCUCUGUCUUAAAGAAUUUGAAGGUUUCCUUAUUUCCGUAAUUCAUACAAGAACAACAGACCCCUGUCCAGCAGUCCUGAGCAAAGCAGAGCAUACAGCUGAGAGACAGGAUUCUGAGAGAGGAAGCAAGAGAGAAAAGUCAUGACAGAAGGAGACAGAAUGGAAGAGAGAGGAAAGGUGGGGGACUAGGUCCAGGCUAAGAGGAAAAGUAGAAGGAAAAUAAAACUUUAACUCUAUUAAGUCCAGGUCAUUUGUAGAUAUAUAUUUCCAAGUAUUCUAAAAAAAAAAAAAAAGAGAGAGAGAGAGAGAGAUACUGUAUAUGUCAAAAAUAUUUUUAUGUGGAGGUGUUUCAAGGAAUAAAUUAUAAAUGUUUAAUGAAAUUUUAAAAAUCUAUGUCUUUAUUGCACAAACUGCAGUGUGGUUUACAUUUUGUUUUGUUUUUAAAAAUGAUGUAUAGCUUUAACACUUUGUUUCCAAAGCUAAAGAUCCCCAUUUUUUCCUCUGUUUAAAAAUGGCUAAUGCAUUAUUCUGUUGUUAAAGGCUAUUUUAAAAUUCAUGAAAAUUGCAUAGGCAAACAUGCAGUUCCUUACUGUUAACCACAUUUAAUCCAAAAGAGAGAAAUGGUUUAAUAAAUAGGUUACUUCACCAUCAUCUGAGCUUUUAUCACUAGAUUCAAUGAAGAAUCAUUUUAACA